CUCUUCUCGUCGCCAUUUUGUGUUGGUGACUGUGGCCGGCUGGGAGGAGGCGGCACUGAGUUUCCUUGGGAGGGCAACGCGUUGGGCGCGUCUCCCUUCCCCCUGUCCUCCCUUUUGCCUCCAGUCUUGGACUUGGUAGUUGCAUGCAUUGGCUCCCGUCGAACUAACAGUUCUGAAGGAGGUAGUGGCGGGCGGAGGUGAUGCCUGGGAGCCCUCCCUUGACAGCCCGGGCCGAGAAGAGUCUCUGCAGGAGGUAUCACCCAGACUGACAGAUCAUGCUGACAGCAGCAGGGGAGGCUGAGAAGUGAAAGGAGCCAGCUACUGAGGAGGGGCUCCAGUAGCUCCUAAAGAUCCUAUCAGGACAUGGAGUAUGAAAGACGAGGUGGUCGUGGUGACAGAACUGGCCGGUAUGGAGCUACUGACCGCUCACAGGACGAUGGUGGAGAGAACCGCAGCCGAGACCAUGAUUAUAGAGACAUGGACUAUCGUUCAUACCCACGAGAGUAUGGCAGUCAGGAAGGCAAGCAUGAGUAUGACGACUCAUCUGAAGAGCAAAGUGCAGAGAUCCGUGGCCAGCUGCAGUCCCAUGGUGUCCAAGCACGAGAGGUCCGGCUGAUGCGGAACAAAUCCUCAGGUCAGAGCCGGGGCUUCGCCUUCGUCGAGUUUAGUCACUUGCAGGACGCUACACGAUGGAUGGAAGCCAAUCAGCAUUCCCUCAACAUCCUGGGCCAGAAGGUAUCCAUGCAUUACAGCGACCCCAAGCCCAAGAUCAAUGAGGACUGGCUGUGUAAUAAGUGUGGUGUCCAGAACUUCAAGCGCCGAGAGAAGUGCUUCAAAUGCGGUGUGCCCAAAUCAGAAGCAGAGCAGAAGCUACCCCUUGGCACUCGACUGGAUCAGCAGGCACUACCGUUGGGUGGGCGGGAGCUAAGCCAGGGCCUACUCCCACUGCCGCAGCCCUACCAGGCCCAGGGAGUGCUGACCUCGCAAGCCUUGUCACAGGGCUCAGAGCCAAGCUCCGAGAAUGCCAAUGACACCAUUAUUUUACGCAACCUGAACCCACACAGCACUAUGGAUUCCAUCCUCGGGGCCCUAGCACCCUAUGCGGUGCUGUCCUCUUCCAAUGUUCGUGUUAUCAAGGACAAGCAGACCCAGCUGAACCGAGGCUUCGCCUUCAUCCAGCUCUCCACCAUCGAAGCAGCCCAGCUGCUACAGAUCCUUCAGGCCCUACACCCUCCGCUCACCAUCGAUGGCAAGACCAUCAACGUGGAGUUUGCCAAGGGCUCUAAGAGGGAUAUGGCCUCCAAUGAAGGCAGUCGCAUCAAUGCUGCCUCUGUGGCCAGCACUGCCAUUGCUGCUGCCCAGUGGGCAAUCUCACAGGCCUCCCAGGGUGGGGAGAGUACCUGGGCUGCCCCCGAGGAGCCACCAGUUGACUACAGCUACUACCAACAGGAUGAGGGCUAUGGCAGCAGCCAGGGAACAGAUUCCCUCUAUGCCCAUGGCUACCUUAAGAAUACCAAGGGCCCUGGCAUGACUGGGACCAAAGGGGACACAUCUGGAGCAGGUCCUGAGACCUCCCUUGAGGGUGGGACAGACUCUGUGUCACUGCAGGCUUUCUCUCGAGCCCAGCCUGGUGCUGCCCCUGGACUCUAUCAGCAAUCAGCUGAGGGGAGCAGUGGCCAGGGCACUGCUACCAACAGCCAGUCAUAUACCAUCAUGUCACCUGCUGUGCUCAAGUCUGAGCUCCAGAGCCCUACUCAUCCCAGCUCUGCCUUACCACCGGCCACCAGUCCCACUGCCCCAGAGUCCUACAGCCAGUACCCUGUUCCUGAUGUCUCUACUUACCAAUAUGAUGAGACAUCUGGCUACUACUAUGACCCCCAGACUGGUCUAUACUAUGAUCCCAACUCCCAGUAUUACUACAAUGCUCAGAGUCAGCAGUACCUAUACUGGGAUGGGGAGCGGCGGACCUACAUACCUGCCUUGGAGCAGUCUGCUGAUGGACAUAAGGACACAGGGGCAUCAUCAAAGGAGGGAAAAGAGAAAAAAGAGAAGCAUAAGACGAAGACGGCCCAACAGAUUGCCAAGGACAUGGAGCGGUGGGCCCGCAGUCUCAACAAGCAAAAAGAAAACUUCAAAAACAGCUUCCAGCCUAUUAGUGCUCUACGAGAUGAUGAAAGGCGGGAAUCAGCCACUGCAGAUGCAGGCUAUGCCAUCCUUGAGAAGAAGGGAGCACUAGCUGAAAGACAGCACACCAGCAUGGAUCUCCCAAAGUUGGCCAGUGAUGACCGCCCUAGCCCACCUCGAGGGCUGGUGGCAGCCUAUAGUGGAGAGAGUGACAGUGAGGAGGAGCAGGAGCGAGGGGGUCCUGAGCGGGAAGAAAAGCUCACAGACUGGCAGAAGCUAGCCUGUCUGCUCUGCCGCCGCCAGUUUCCCAGCAAGGAGGCGCUCAUCCGGCACCAGCAGCUCUCUGGACUCCACAAGCAAAACCUUGAGAUUCAUCGACGGGCCCACUUGUCAGAAAAUGAAUUGGAAGCACUAGAAAAGAAUGACAUGGAGCAAAUGAAGUAUCGAGACCGUGCAGCUGAACGCAGAGAGAAGUAUGGUAUCCCUGAGCCACCAGAGCCCAAACGGAGGAAGUACGGUGGCAUAUCUACAGCCUCUGUGGACUUUGAACAGCCCACUCGGGAUGGAUUAGGCAGUGACAACAUUGGUAGUCGAAUGCUCCAGGCCAUGGGCUGGAAAGAAGGCAGUGGUCUGGGCCGCAAGAAGCAGGGCAUUGUGACACCCAUUGAAGCCCAAACACGUGUUCGAGGUUCUGGCCUGGGUGCCCGGGGAAGUUCCUAUGGGGUCACCUCAACAGAAUCCUACAAGGAGACACUGCACAAGACAAUGGUGACCCGCUUCAAUGAAGCCCAGUGAACAACUUUGAAAGCAGUUUCUACAGACAAGGGGUAUUCAUCCAGGGACAGAGAAGAUGAGGUCUGGAAUGGUCUGAGGAAGGCUCUUCUAUCUACCAGCCUGCUGCCCAACCAGAGAGGCCCUCACCAAAUUAGACUUGGAGUUGCUGACUUUUGCUGGGAAAUUGGGCUCAAAUCAUGUUUCUUUUGUAAUAAAAUCUAAAAAGCCUGCAUCUUCCA